UGGGGGGGAUGUUGUUGUUUUUCACAAGAAAAAAACAACUGGCCGUGCAAUGGAAGGAACUUUUCCAGGAAGAGUGACUGAAAAUUUCAAGAUAUUUGAGGGGUUUCUUGCCUGUACGGCCAGUUUUAAAUCCCCAAAAUAUUUCAGAGGGAUGUAAAUCUGGUGGGUCUUUGGUGGAUUUGCCAGUGUGUUUAGAAUCAUCAUCAUGUUAAAAGGACUUUCAGACAGAUCUCAUUACCUUCAAGAAUUCCUCGCUAUGAUUCAGAAUUCAUUGUUUAAUCAAUGACUGUGAGCUCUUUAGUCUCCAAGACAUUCAAUCAACCCAAAACUACAAUAUUUCCACCACCGUGUUUCACAGUUGGUAUGAAGUUUCUCUCCUGAAAAGCUGUUUUUGAUCUGCACCAAACGUCUGUUGUUACUGUGGCCAGAUGGGUCUGUCUUUGAUUUAUGUCCAGAACACAUUAUUCCUAAACUCCCUGUUUUUACCUUCAAGUGUGUUGGCAAAGUGUAGUUUUAAAACAAAAGGUUUUCUAAUGGCACAUUUCCCAUGCAGGUCUAAUUUGCACAAACUCCUUCUGCUGGACACUGUGACACCAACAGCUGUAAGAGUUACCUGCAGAUCCUGGGAUGAUAUUGUCAUGGAGAUUUUAUUAAAAUUUUUUAUUUUUUUUUGCAUUAAGCGCUUUGCUCUUGGCCUGGAUUCGUUGGAAGCUUAAACCAAGUGUUGGACAAACUUAUGAUAAUUUAAAAUCUAAACAUCGUGUAGAUAAUUUCUAUCCAGUGCCAGACUCAGACAUACACAAUAUUUCCUCUGAAGGCCUUAGAGAGCUCUUUAGAUCUUGGCAUAUUGAUAUUCAGCAGCAAAAACUACACCUAAAUAAGACAUUUUCCACCUGUCACUCCCUAAAUAGGCUGCAAUCACUGGCACCUAACCUGGAACAUCUGAUCCUAAUUUGGAUCUGAAGGUGUGAUAAAUGUAGGAUGUGUAAGAAUUAUGAAACUGAGAUGUGUUAUUUCUUGGAGUACAUCGCAUUUAUUAGUAAAAACUGUUUCAAAGAGGAUCAAAUGUUGGCUCGUCAAAAAUAACCAACAGUGUACUUCUUUUCUACUGUGCAUUGAUUGCUUGGUCAACAGGCUGCAGUCAGAGGAAUCAGGGCAUAAGGUUGCACUAUUUAAUGUGUUUUUUUGUAACUAUAAGUAAAUUUAAUUGUGUGACAUUACUUUAAAACUGUUGCUCAUUCUGCAAAUAUUGUUCUGUAGAGAACAGUGUGCUCAUGAGGAGGAACAGGAUCAACAGGCUUCUUCUGAUGGAGGAAAAUUUCACUGAUGUUCCACAAGAGGUCAGAGCAGCCUGUACUGGAACACUGUGUUCUGUUUGGUGAAAACUCUGUCCUAUUUUCUUGGGUUUCUGAAGAGUUACCUGCCAUAGAGAAACUGUUACUGAGACAAGAGUCUGUGGAAAUACUGAGCCCUUUAGUUUUAAAUUCAAAUCCUGAGUAUUUAUUGUGUAAAUGAAGCACAGUUCUUUUAUAAGUCAAUAGCUUUGUUGUUGUGCUCAAUAAGAAAACCUCCGUUUUAAAUACAAAAGAGUUGUUCAACCAGAUUCCAGACAGGUGGGACUUAAGUAAAACUGUGUGUUCGUGCAGAGCUAUUGUAGUCAGACCCACACAGCGGUGCACAUGUGGCGUUCUUCUUCCUCACAUUAGAGAUGAGUUGUCUUAAGAACUUUACAAACCAGCUCCAGAGGUUGAACAAUCAGCUAAUAAAGCAGCCUGCAGACAGGAACUCAUGCAGCGAAGGUCAGCAGAGGAGGUCUGGGGGGAUUCCUCUGACCAGGAAGUUGUGUUAUGCUGCAGGUGGGAUCCCAUAUCAGGUUACCUCAGUAGCUAUAGGAAUCUCCCUGCAGAUUUUCCUCCUGGACGUCGUGCAGAUGGAGGCUUUCUAUGUUUCCAUGAUUUUAUUUGUGAGCCGGGCCUGGGAUGCUGUGACUGACCCUCUGCUGGGAUAUCUGGUGAGCCGCAGUAACUGGACGCCCAUCGGCAAACUCACUCCAUGGCUGGUUAUUUCCACUCCGUUUGGUGUCCUGUCCUAUCUGCUGCUCUGGUUUGUGCCACGAGGCUCCAUGUCUGAGGCUGGCAGAGUGCUGUGGUUCCUGGCAGCCACCUGCAUGUUCGAGACCCUCAUGAGUUGCUACAACGUCCCUUACCUCUCUCUCAACAUGUUCCUGGGGGGAGAUCAGAGAGACAGGGACUCUGCCACCGCCUACAGAAUGAGCGUGGAGGCGGCGGCGAUGCUCCUGGCUUCAGUAAUUCAGGGACGAGUUGUGUCCGUGUACAACUCAGAGAAGCAGGAGGCCUGUCAGCAGCUGGACGGAACACCUCGGAGCACAUCUGCACCUCAAACCACCUCACUUCAGCAGACGGAAAAGGCUUUCCUGACCUCUGCUCUGGUCAUGGGUGCUUUGUUUUUCCUCUGCAGUCUGGUUCUCUUCCUGGGAGUGAAGGAGCAGCGGGCCCCUCUCUGCUCUGAUGACAAAGUACAACUAUCCUAUCUGACCUCGCUAAAGAUGCUCGUAUGCCACGUUCCUUACCAGCGGCUGGUGCUCGGCUUUGUGUUCAGUGCACUCGCUUUUCAGAUGUCUUUGGGUAAUUUUGCACUGUUUUGCAGUCAUGCUGCUGGCCUGGGAGCCCAGUUCCAGCACCUCCUGCUGGUUUUACUGGCUUCUGCUUCAAUAGCAGUUCCUCUGUGGCAAAUAGUUCUCCUGAGAAUUGGAAAAAAGGCCACAGUUUUCGUUGGACUAUCUCUCUUCAUCCCAGCAGUGAUUGUAGUCGCCUGUGUUCCCAGUAACCUGCCACUCUUCAUCACUAUGUGCAUUUUGAUGGGAUUCAGCGUGGCGACUAUAUUCUUGCUGCCCUGGUCAAUGCUCCCAGAUGUGGUGGAUGACUUUGCCGUGAAACAUCCCUCCUGUAAAGACGUGGAGCCUCUGUUUUUCUCCUGCUAUGCAUUCUGCAGUAAGCUGGCAGGUGGACUGUCUGUUGGACUCUCAACCAUGACAUUACAGUUUGUGGGCUACAAAGCAGGUGCGUGUAACCACGGUGACGGAGUUGUGGUGGCUCUGACUGUGCUGUUCUCGCCAGUUCCCAUCACACUUCUGCUGAUAGGGAUGCUGUUUUUUCACUCCUACCCGAUCAAUGAGAGGCAGCGCUUGCAGCUCCAGGAACAACAACUCCACCCAGAAGCUAUGUCAUCAUCAUCAUCUGUCCCCAGAGAAAACAGAGAGCAGCCAAUCGUCCUGGAGCAGCCUCAUGUCAGAGUGACAUCAAUGUCUCAUUAUGAGUCAAACACCAACGCAUACCACAAGUCUGAGUCCUCACCACACUGCCACAGUCACAAAACAAAAUGCUCAGUCAAGUCAUCCAGGGGUUCAAAUGAAUCAAACAGCCGUUCUGAAAAAAGCAGCCAGAUUAAAUCACACGUCCAGUCAAAUGUAAAUCGUCAGUACUAUAAACACGGGCCUCACCGACACACAGGAGAAGCUAAACUGGACAGAAAUGUUCCUGCGAAUAAUUCUGGCUCUAGUGCGUCACAUGUGAGAUCCAAAGUGUCGUGGGUAUAGAGAGACACCUGAUGUUUCAGGUCACUGUUGCUGAGAGACUGAUCAGAAAACUGAUACCACUCUCAUGUCUGUACAGUAAAUAUGAAGGCACAGCCAGCCGUCAGUUAGCGCUGCGUAUUUGACCAGUCCAGACUCCAGAAGUCCCUGCCAAGAAAUAUUUGCAGAACAUAUGGGUUCUGUAAAGUGUCUUGAGACAAUUUGACUGUAAUUGGCGCGAUAUAAAUAAAAUUGAAUUGAAUUGAAAUUGAA